AAUAUCUAAAAAACAAAUAGAGAAGAUAUGAACAUCACACAUUAGCAGAGACUCUGAGGGAGGCAAAAUCAGAAGAAAACUAAAAAAAAACACACACACAGCCAUGGCUGCAACAACAGCCACAACACCAACAUCACAAAUUCUCUUCUCUAGCUCUCAUUCUAUAUGUCGUCUCUCUCCUUCCCAACUAUGCGUCUUCAACGCAAAGACACUAAUUUCAUGUCCCAACAACAGCAGCAUCAAGAGACGACAAGCAGCCAAUGGAGUCCGGUGCAUGGCCGUGGCGUCUGAGGCACAGACCAAGAAGAAGAGCGGGUAUGACAUUCAAACCUUGACCGGCUGGCUGUUGAAACAAGAACAGGCAGGUAUUAUUGAUGCCGAACUCACCAUAGUGCUUUCAAGCAUAUCAAUGGCAUGUAAGCAGAUUGCUUCCCUGGUCCAAAGAGCUAGCAUUUCAAACCUUACCGGCAUCCAGGGUGCAGUCAAUGUUCAGGGGGAAGAUCAGAAGAAACUGGAUGUUGUCUCCAAUGAGGUAUUUUCAAAUUGCUUGAGGUCAAGUGGAAGGACAGGGAUCAUAGCAUCUGAGGAAGAGGAUGUACCAGUGGCAGUAGAGGAGAGCUACUCCGGCAACUACAUUGUGGUGUUUGACCCGCUUGAUGGAUCAUCCAACAUUGAUGCUGCUGUAUCAACUGGGUCUAUCUUUGGAAUAUACAGCCCAAAUGAUGAGUGCUUUGCAGACAUAGGUGACGAUGCCACGCUUGACCAAGUGAAACAGAAAUGUGUUGUCAAUGUGUGCCAGCCGGGAAGUAACCUUCUUGCUGCUGGCUACUGCAUGUACUCAAGCUCCAUCAUUUUCGUGCUCACCAUAGGAAACGGCGUGUUUGCCUUUAGCUUGGACCCCAUGUACGGGGAAUUUGUUUUGACUCAAGAAAACAUCCAGAUACCCAAGACAGGAAAGAUUUAUUCCUUUAAUGAAGGUAACUACCAGCUGUGGGAUGAUAAGUUGAAGAAGUACAUGGACGACCUCAAGGACCCUGGCCCAAGUGGCAAGCCCUAUUCUGCUAGAUAUAUUGGCAGUUUGGUUGGUGACUUUCAUAGGACUAUGCUGUAUGGAGGCAUUUAUGGUUAUCCCAGAGACAAGAAAAGCAAGAAUGGGAAGUUGAGGCUCUUGUAUGAGUGUGCACCAAUGAGCUUUAUUGUGGAACAAGCUGGUGGCAAAGGAUCGGAUGGCCAUAUGAGAAUUCUCGAUAUCCAACCAGCUGAGAUACAUCAGCGAGUUCCGCUGUAUAUUGGAAGCGUGGAGGAAGUGGAAAAGUUGGAGAAGUAUUUAGCUUGAUCAAAAUGUAAUUGUGAAGGAAGGUUAAGUUUGUUCAUAAAGAUGUUAACGGGCAAAAAAUCAAGAAGGAAAAACUUGAAAGGCUCUACAGAAUGUCAAAUCUUGUUGGUUAUACUACAACAAAUUCUUUUCUUUAGUCCAAAAAAAUAGAAUACCAAAUGUUAUAGGUUGUUAACAAGCUUUUAAGUGGAUUUGAUGCCUCACAUGAAUUUGUUGGGAUGAGGUAGUAGCCUUGUGUUAACAAAACCAAUUUGUAUUCAGAUUUUGACUUAUUCAAAUUCAAACUUGAUUUGAAAACUCCGAUUUCAACAUCCAACGAAGUUUGUUUUCAC